AUGACUGCUUUCCGGAACCCAAAGGGAACAGCCACUGCAUCGAGAAGGGGGAUGGAGAAAAUCAUCUACGACUUCUACUCUGAUCUCUUCGACAGCCAUGUCCACUUACCUCCUCACCAUCUGAGGAAAGACGAACAAGUCAUUCCAGAGGUUCUCCCGUCCGAAAUACGACAUGCUAUCAUGUCGCUAAGAAAUCGUACGGCACCCGGUCCCGACGGAAUAAGUCCAGAACACCUAAAGAGCCUUCCGUCGGUACUCAUCAACACUCUGGCGAGGCUCUUUACACGUUAUCUGUCGGAAUGCAAGGUUCCUAAACAGUGGAAGACCAGCAAGACCGUGUUGUUGGCAACUAUCGUCCAAUCUGCCUACUGUCCUUCAUCUACAAGCUCUUUACAAGAGUAA